CUUGGAGACGCUGUAAACAGCCCUUUGGACUAACCCCGCGGCUUCCGAGGCUCAGUGCACGGAGCCAGAGCGAAAAGUGCCAUUAGAUGCGGCUAGUUCAGGGACUUUGGGGGGAUGAGGGGCCGGGAACUGUCUGGCUGAAUAUUGUGAUUUACAAUGAAUUUUAACACCAAGGCUUUUACGCUGACUUCAGGUGGAGACAGAAAUCGAGCCCAACAGGGGACUCCUAGAAUGAGUCAGGCAAAAAAGUAGAAGUCACGCGUAUCCAGAUUGAAAUUUGCCUCCCUGGUGAAUUGCAUGGCUGUCUACGGAUGCAUUUUUGCAACGAACCAUCCAGUUUGAAGUAUACACCAGUGCGCGCAGAGGAAGUAACUUGGGUAUACAUCCAGUGCUUUGUUACAAAAUAAGCCUUAAACCGUUUGGGAUUCUAUACGAAAAAACUUGUCGAGCCCUUUUCGCGAGCAGAGAGGCACGUUUGAAUGUAGAUAUGUUAUAACCCAGAGCAGUUACGGUCUGCAGAAAGGUGUGACUGCAUUUUCACCCAACGAAAUGAAAGCAAAAAAAUCUGAGCAAAUGCAGAGGACCAGUGCGCAUGAUGGAACAACGAAGCUGAAAGCCAGACUCAUGGUGUUUUGCCAAAUCUUGAGCUCCGACAGAAUCAAGAUGGCUUUAAACGCAGCUGAUCCCUAACUACCGACACUGGUCUCAGGGGAUACUUAUGGAUGCCUGUAAGCAUGAUGCAGCGACUUGUAUAUGGAAAUAUGGACUCACAGUGGAGACAGAGAAUACUUUUUAAGAUGCGGGAUUUAAGGGAUCUGUUACCAGGGCAAAUUCCCCAGAACUUUGCAAAUAAAACCUUAAGAUAUUAGCGUGAUGUGAGUAGUAUUAUUUGGCGAACCCCAGCUAUUCCAUUGAAUACGUCAUGACCAAACAGUUGUUAAUUGGAAUGAGAGAACAUUGGACCCCAUUCACCCUGGCUACCAAAAACCAGCGCUCCUGAAAUCAAUAACUUUCCCCAAAAGAGGACGCCAGACAGACGGUGUCUGUCAGCGGGUGGCAGGCUGGAUACAAAGAAUAUGGUCACAGGGGGGAUGGGGAUGCGGAGUAAAGCCGUUUCCCAGAAACCAAUGGCCACUGCAGUUCGGAGCUCAGUGGAGAGCUCAAAGGAAAAAGGAACUCCAGACGUGGCUCCAAGGAAAGCUAAAGCCAAGGUGGGGAUUGUCCACAGGACCCUCUGGGCUUCAGGCUAGUUGUAUUCUCCUGCAGCUUCAGCCACUGAAAUCAGCAUGGCAGCUCAGGGCUCCCCGCUGGCUCUUGCUAAGUAUGACUGAGAAAAGACGCACCUGCAAUGAACCAGCUACGAUUUUAACUCGGGAUUCCAUGAAUUUAACAGUAGUCCAAUGCCAGUGUCUUCGAGGAGGUGUUGGUCACUGUCCGCCGGCUCGGGGGUGCUGAAAUUUGGAUGAUGUCGAGCCGGAGAUCGCAGGGCUGCUGCUGCUUGUCCCAUUUCAACAAGGACAAUGGCAGAUUCCUCCUCUUAGCGGCCCUGAUCGCAGCUUAUCUGGCAGCUGGAGCUACGGUGUUCUCAGCCCUCGAGAGGCCGUCCGAAGUCGAGGCUCAGCAUCGCUGGAACAGGACCCUCCAAAACUUCAGCCAAAUAUUCAACAUCAGUAUGCCUGAGCUAAGGGACUUCCUGCGGAGUUAUGAAGCAGCCAUGGCCGCGGGCAUCCGGGCAGAUGCCGUAAGACCAAGAUGGGACUUCACCGGGGCUUUCUAUUUUGUGGGGACAGUAGUGUCAACUAUAGGUUUUGGAAUGACCACUCCCGCAACAGUGGCUGGAAAAGUGUUCCUCAUAAUUUAUGGACUAUUCGGGUGUGCUGGGACUAUCCUUUUCUUCAACCUGUUCCUGGAGCGUAUUAUCUCUCUCCUGGCUUUUAUCAUGAAGGCGUGUCAUGAGCGGCAACUGCGAAGAAGUGGUCUUCUACCCGCUAACUUUCGAAGGGGAUCAGCUAUCUCUGAAGUGGACAGCCUUGCUGGAUGGAAACCAUCAGUUUAUCAUGUGAUGCUGAUUCUGGGAAUUUUUGCCAUUACACUGGCUUGCUGUGCGUCAGCAAUGUACACAGCAGUGGAAGAAUGGAACUACAUUGAUUCCUUAUAUUAUUGUUUUGUCACCUUCAGCACCAUUGGCUUUGGAGAUUUGGUAAGCAGUCAAAAUGCAGUGUACCAAAAUCAGGGAUUAUACAGAUUUGGAAACUUCAUGUUUAUAUUAAUGGGUGUAUCUUGCAUAUACUCCCUUUUUAAUGUCAUAUCAAUUGUAAUCAAGCAAGUUUUAAACUGGCUGUUGAAAAAGUUUGGAUGCAGGUGUUGCUCAAAGUGCCAUAAAUCAAGUGCCCGCCUUGGUCGUCGCAAUGCCAUCACCCCAGGAAGCCGCUUCCAUAGGCAUGACAUCUCUGUGGAAACUGAUGGACAAUAUGACAGUGACACAGAGGGGAGGAGGCUUUCUGGUGAAAUGAUUUCAAUGAAGGAGCUCACAGAAUCAAACAAAGUCUCCCUGGCCAUUUUGCAAAAGCAGCUGUCCGAGAUGGCCAAUGGGUACCCUAGAAACGUCAGUAUGAACAGCAGACAAAAUGGCUUCUCUGCAGGCAUCGGUGCACUAGCUAUCAUGAACAAUAGGUUGGUAGAAACAAGUGAUUCUAGGUAGAGUUUUUGAAAGUCUCUUCUAUAAGAUAAUGACAUUUUCCUAUUCUUUAUUUAAUAAAAGAUUAAGUUAUUAAUCUGAUGUUAUCAUGGGCUUAUGGAAACUCCAAAGUGAAGAGAUAAACAGGGAAAGAGGGGGUGUCACGGGGCAGAGGAGAUACGUGGGACAGUCAUGUGUCUUCCCCUUUAGAUUGUGCCCCCCAGUAUGGGGAUGCACGAAUCUAUGAUUUAGAAGAAUGGUAUAUGUGGCUAUGUGUGAAGACAGUACCCUAAUCAAGAUGCUUUUCUUCAUUGUAGAGAAUGGCCUGAACCAAAAUCCUGAAUCUAAAUGCCACUGAACUCUGGAGUAGUUCAGAUCUGGAUUCAAAGUUCACAGCUAGACAGUGCCUCUGUGAUGAGGUAAACCAAAACUCCAGAGUUGAAUAUCCCCAACACCCAAACUUUGGUGAAGUUUGGAUCUGGACCUGAACUUUGCACCUUAUGCUCCUCACUGAUCCAUUAGAAGCCAGUUUUGUGCAUAACACACUUAGCACAACAAAUAUACUAACUUUAGGCAUCUAUCAUGCUCCCAUUGAAGUAAAUGGGGCCGGGGGGGAGGGGAAAUUCCAUUGAUUUCAAUGGUGCAGGGAAAAGCCCAGUGAAUUCCCAUGGCCAUGAAUUAUUUUCCCCACACACACCAAAUUUUCAUGUAAGAUGGUCUGUAACAUUAGCUACUAUCUGACUUCAAGAAGUUACAUGGUUAUCAGUUAAAAUUACUCUGGCUAUACAUGUGAAACUAUUUCUAGCUACUGAGUGGCUGAAGUCAGCCAAAGGGCAACUGCAUCACUGUUGACCUCAUUUGGUGUAAGAGGAACAAAUAUUCACCUCUGAUGUCAAAUAUUUCCCUCUCUAUCACCCAGGAAAUACAUAAUCACCACGUGGUUUAUUUAAUUGUUGAUAGUAUAAUUUUCUGCUUUCACAUGGAAAUAAAUUGUCAACUUAGGCUUUUUCCAUAUUUAUAUAAAUCCAUGGUACACCUACAUCUUGAAUACUGCGUGCAGAUCUGGUUGUCCCAUCUCAAAAAAGAUACAUUGGAAUUGGGAAAGGAACAGAAAAGGGCAAUAAAAAUCAUUAGGUGUAUGGGACAGCUUCCAUAUGAGGAGAGAUUAAUAAGUCUGGGACUUUUCAGCUUGGAAAAGAGAUGACUAAGGGGGGAAUAUGAUAAAGAUCUAUAAAAUCAUGACUGGUGUGGAGAAAGUAAAUAAGGAAGAGUUAUUUACUCCUUCUUAUAACACAAGAACCAGGGGUCACCAACUGAAAUUAACAGACAGCAGGUUUGAAACCAACAAAAGGAAGUAUCUCUUCACACAACGCAAUGUCAACAUGUGGAACUCUUUGCCAGAGGAUGUUGUAAAGGCCAAGAAUAUAACAGCGUACAAAAAAAGAACUAGAUAAAUGCAUGGAGGAUAGGUCCAUCAAUGGCUAUUAGCCAGGAUGGGCAGGGAUGAUGUCCCUAGCCUCUGUUUGUACCAUGAGCAGUUUCCUCUUUCCUACCACUGUACCCAAAAGAGUGCUGAAUCUUAUGAUCUGCUGCACACUAUGUUUACAAGGAUAAGAAAAUAAAAACGCAAGUAAAUCUCAGCAUUAACAUCACUACUGCAUGUAGUUUGGCUUACUCCAAACGAGUUUCUACAUAGCUAAACUAUAUGUAAAGGAACAUUACAAACCAUCCGUUACAUAACCAAAUUAUAGGUAAAAGGAAACUCAGCACAGCCAAAUUCCAUAUAAAUCUAGUGACGGGGGAAAUGAGGAAAAGCUAUGGGUCUGAUGCUUAGUCAAGUUAGCCAAACCUUUGGAGGACCCCAACAGCCCACACGUCCUUACACAAUCAUCUAUCAACCUUGCCUAGUGUUAUCUCCUUAGGAGAAAAGCCUGGUUGUUUGUUACCCCCACUUCCCCAGGCUUCUUUGGUGAAUGGACUGCCCUCCCAGAUGGUGUCUUCAGAAGCUAGAGGACAGGGCCACUACCCCUUAAACUCCUGUUUUCACAGGAGGGAGUGCAAUAAAUGAUUCUCCUUCCCACUUUACAUGGACUAGCACACAGAGCCAAAUAUUUUUUGACUUAGUCAGAGACAGCACACAAAAUACAACCAUUCUCAUUCCCAAAAACUGAUGGUCACUGUGUGAAGGGUUGAUGCUAGUGUGUCAUGUAAGAAGCAGCACAACACUCCAGGGAUGUUCCUCUGGCAGCUGAGUGAUGUGAGCGGAGGCGGAGUGUUGCAUUUCUGCUGCCUGAAUCGCUUACACACAAGAAAGAACUUGCAGAAUGGAUAAGGGUGGUAUGGCACCCUUAUUUCUGUGCUGCUGCUGGCGGCCGCGCUGCCUUCAGAGCUUGGUGGCUGGAGAGCGUUGCCUGCUGGCCAGGAGCAGGUGCCAGGGCUAUGAACUGCCAAGCCUAGAGCCCCAGCACAAAUUAAGUGUCUAGAACACUCUGACAUUAGCAUCAACGAUGGAAUCCUACAGGCAAUUAUAUACAAAAAACCCACAGAUCCCCACACCUACCUUCAUAGAUCUAGCAACCACCCCAAGCACACCAAGAAAUUUGCUGCCUACAGCCAGGUACUCAGAUACCACAGAAUAUACUCCAGGGAGAAAGUCUGGAUAUAAACCUUAACACACCUAAAACCACCUUCACCAAAGAAGGACACUCCACCAGAGAAGUAGAUCACAUCAUGAAAUGUGCCACCCAAAUACCCUGAGAGAACCUGCUUCAAUAUAGAAAUAACCACACACCACUCUCUGACCACACACCACUAGUUGCCACCUACCACCCCAACACUGGAACCUAUACAGUGCAUCAUUGAACAGUUAUAACCCAUACUCAGUGGGGACCACAUCCUGAAACAAAUCUUUCCUGAACCCCCUUUUCUGACCUUUAAACAACAACGCAACCUCUUCAAGCUCACCAUGUAAGAAGUUCCCCCCAGACCAGGACACAUCAACUCAAAGUGGCCCCAGACCCUGCCAGAACAACAGAUGCAAAACCUGUGGACAUAUCUCCAUUACUACAAUGAUCAACACCCCCAACCACACACCUUUCAAGAUCCAUAGGUUCUACACAUGCCUAUCACAACAUGUACCAUACUUCAACCAGCACACUAAAUGCCACCAUAGCAACUAUAUGGGUAAAACCAGACAAUCACUACGCUUUUGAAUGUACUCACACAGGAAAAUGACAAUAGACAAAAACACAAUAUCACUUGUGAGUGAACACUUUUCACAAAGUGAUCACUCUAUAUCUGACAUCAUUCUCAAAGGAAACCUGCACAACACCUUCAAAAGAUGAGCCCAGGCGCUUACAUUCAUAACUUUGUUAGAUGCUAAAAAUCAUGGACUGAGUAGAGACACUAGAUUUAUGGCUUAUUACAACAGUUUGUAACCCACUAACCCCCCUCAGCUUUUUUAUCCCCCUUUCCAGUGGUGAGCUGGAGCCGGUUUGCGUGAACUGGUUGUUAAAUUUUGAAGCCGGUUUAGAACCGGUUGUUAAAGGCGUGGGCAAACUCCGUCCUGUCCGUCCUGCCUGAGAUCUCGUCUGGGGAAGCUCCCCUGAGAAUUUUUACUCACCCAGCGGCACUCCGGGCCUUCGGCGGCACUUUGGCGGCAGGUCCUUCAGUGCCACCAAAGACCUGGAGCGACUGAAGGAACCGGUUCUUCAGCUUCUGCCAGCUCAUCACUUGCCCCUUUCUUUCCCCACAUGACUGAAGUGGGGUUAACAGGCCACUUCAUCUUGAAUGGUCACUUGAAAUAUGUAUUAACUACUUAUGCUAAAACAGUCUGUUCCACUUUGUAUUUAGCUGUGACACUCUGAGUACAUUUCUCACUCCUGAAGAAGAGCUGUGUGUGGCUGGAAAGUUGGUCCAAUAAAAGAUAUUCUUACCCACCUUGUCUUUCUAUAACAAAGUUACAAUUUUAAAAAAUAAUUUAUUUCUGGGUUGAUGGAAAGUUGGUCUCUAGAAUGUACAAUGAGAUGUAAAUGCUUUAAACAACACUGAAUAUUUUUGAUGCAAACUCAGGAUUUUUUCCACUGUAAAAUCUUUGAAUGAAGAGGAUUGAAAGCCAUAUACUAAGAUACUGAAAUGGGGAUCACAUUUCUAUGUUACAUACAGUUUGCAAGCAAAAUCAGUGGAUAUUUUGAGUUACCCACCUCUAUGGACUCAGGAAUACUUUUACUGAUAUAGGAAGUAGUAACAGAUAAUCAACAACUGCAUUAUUCAGUUAACAUUGUAUGUAUUUUAUUGACAUGAUGUACUACCAAUAAUGAUUUCUAUACAUCUGAAAGGGUAUCAAAACUCCCAGAAGAAAAUUUGGAUGGCUGUGAUAAAGAUAUUUCAAAGACUUUUUUAAAAAAUAGCAAAAAAUGUUGCCUGGAAUAUGUGUGAAGUCCACCUCCGCCCUCAGUCACAACAGGAAAAACCAUAGAUGAACUAGUAUAAUCCCUCAGUGAUUGUGAACAAGAUUUUUAAGAUGGAUAUUAUAUAAUUGCUAUAAGGAUAACCCUGAGUAAGUGUAGAAAGCACACAAGAAAAAGAAAUUAAUAACCCCAGUGAGCAUUAGUAAAAACUAACUACUGUCAUUGUUAGUUGCAAGAGAUCAAUACUGUGUAUGAAAUGAGUUCCUAAGAAACAGCUGCCAUAGGAAAUUAUUCUCAUUAGAGGCUUUAGUAGACUAUCAAUUAGAUCUGGUAUUUUUGAGCUGGGAAAUAGGUCAGGCAUUUCAGAAAUGGUGGAUAAUCUCUGCCAUGAUGUAAUUUUAUGGGAUCAUCCAAUGAGCCACUUGAAAUGGUGUUUUUACUUCUAAAUACAGUACAACUGUAAUUGAAAUGAACAACAUGAAACUGGUGUUCAGGAAACUCCCUGAGACUAAUGCAUCAAUGAAUUCCGAAAAGGGUACAUUUGGUAGGGAUGAGUCAGGAGUGGACAGUCUCUUUUUGAACCAUGGUAGGAAUAAAAACUUAGAUGUGCCACAUCUUUGACUCCAAGAAAGAUUUUAAUGGGCUAAAAUAAAGGACCUUAUGGUACCUGAAAGAACAUGUCAUUAAGGCAGCUGCAGGCCAAAUCCGCUGCCGGUGAAAAUUAGCACCACUGCAUUCACUUUAAUGGAGCAGGGCCAAUUUGCAGCCAAGCAUUUAGCCCAGUAUGAGAAGUCAAUGGGAGUAGCAGGUGCACAGCACCUUUGCAAAUCAGCCCAGUUCUUUAGGUACCCAAGUUUAAAAUGCUGGCCUUAAUAUAUUGUGUUGCAUAAUUAAUUUGCUGCAUGUGAAUGAUUUUGACUUGCAAGAUGCAUAUUUAUGUCACUGGAUGUACUUUUAUAUUUUAAUUAAUUAACUUUUUGAAAAAUAAAAAUGCAGGAUGGAAAA